UCAUAUAGCUAUGGCAGCAGCCUUCAUUACAGCCCCAUAUGCUUGCCCUCUCUCUGCUUCUUUGUUGUACAUCGAGUGUAGCUCAGGCUUAUACGCGCAGCGGAACACUUGGGCCUUCAGAUUGUAAACCCAAGUGCACAUACCGUUGCUCGGCAACUUCACACAAGAAGCCAUGCAUGUUUUUCUGUCAGAAGUGUUGUGCCAAAUGCCUAUGCGUUCCUCCUGGUACAUACGGCAACAAGCAACUUUGCCCUUGUUACAACUCCUGGAAGACCAAGGAAGGACGACCCAAAUGCCCUUAAACCCAUCAUACCUUCUUGUAGGAUUCUACUUCUGUUCC